AUGCGCUGCCCAGACCCGGCGCCUGGAGCCCAGGUCAUGCACGUCAUCACGGGCGCCGCGUCGCUGUCCAUGCGACCCCACGCGCAGAGGGCGGCUCUCAGGAAAUACCGGAAUCGGUGGCGACAUAUCGUAGCUCUGAUGGGCGCCUCAAAGCUGCAGCUGGACCGGAAGGCGGCAUCCGGCGAGGACCCCUGGGGCUUCUACUACCAGGUGGCAGAGAGGAACCUGGUGUGGUCCGAGGACCUCACCGCUCGCCUCCUGAAAGCCGCGGUGGCGGCCGGGCUGGGCCUGGAGGAGGAGGAGGUGGAGCAGAGGCUCGGGCGGCUGACCUGCUACCUGCCGGACCUGGUGCACAAGCUGCCGCGCAUGCGGGCCCCGCUGGUGCAGGCCCUGGUGGAAAGGGUGGACGAGAUCCCCGGCCGCGUGCUGGAGCUGCGGCAGGUCCUGCCGCGCGCCAACCUGGGCCGGAUGCUUGCCGACCAUCCAGGCGUGGUGCUGAGCUGGAGUGCCAGGGGGCUGCAGGAUGCGGUGCUUCGGCUGGAGGCCCUGCUGCCCGGCAUCGACGUUGAGAGGGUGAUAGCCGAGUUCCCUGUGUAUCUGGAUGUCGAGGGGGUGCAGGAUGCCAUACGCGAGGCCGAGCGCCUCUUGCCAGGAUACGAUGUGCGUGCAGCCAUGGCACGGGACCCGGAGGUCAUCCACAGCUUCCAGAAGAUGUCGGCCAUGAUUCCAUAUGAUGCCGUCAUGUCGCAGAGCAGGCAGGCCAUGCGUGAUCUCGAGCUCGUCAGCGAGGAAGGCAGCGGGGAGGCCGAGGCCCAGAGCAAUGCUGGCCUCAUCACCCGGCACAAGGCCACCCACGAGGCCCUGCAGAACGCGCUGACCGCCGCCGCGCAGCGCCGACGAGCGGCCCUGGCGGCGUCCGGCGCCUCCCAGCGACGCGAGCUGCUGGGCGCGGCCUCGGCCCAGGGACUCUCGGCUGCCGCCGCAGCGCAGCGGGCCGCGGCGGCCUCCUCCCGUCUGGCCACCUCCCAGAACGUGACCCAGGGGCUGAAGCGGGCUCGCCAGGUGCUGGCGGAGGAGCUGCAGCACACGUCUGCCACGUUGGCCGCCCUGGACUCCAGCCACGGCCAGCUGCGCGGGGCGAGAGACGAGUACGUCGGCCAGGCGCCCCUGCUCAAGAGAUCGCGGCGCCUGCUGCGCACCAUCAACUGGCAGAGCAACCUGGACAACAUCCUCCUGUGGACCGGCGUCAUCAUCUUUGGUGCCGUGGCCUUAUACAUCGUCCAGAAGCGUGUGUCCUACUUUGUCCCCGGGUCGCUGAAGCCAGGAAACGUCCUCGCGCUGCUGAGGCACAGGGCCGGUGCAAGCCAUGCCGGAUCCGUGAUCGCGACGCUGGCGGGCGAGGCCGUGGCCUCUGGCCCCACUACCACGUCAUCCCAGGCAGCCCAGACGGCAGUCCGAUGCUUCCGCAGCCUGGUGCAGCAUUCCCAGCAGCAGGCGGGGGCCCCGGUGAUGUCUGCCCGACAGUUCAACCGGCAGCUGCAGAAGGUGGAGCGGCAGCUGGGGCGGCGCCUGUUCAGCACCGACCCGCCCCCGCCCAAGGGCUGGAGCAAGUUUUAUCCCAAGCGCAAGGGCGCGCCCGGCAAGGGCGCGUCCGGCAAGGAGGUUCCCCCUGGGAAGAAGGAGACGGUGGACUUUUUGGAGGCCCUGCGCGCCAACGCCGGCCCCCUGCUCAUCAUGGUCCUGGUGUCCCUCUUCCUGCUGCCCAGCCCCAGCACCCAGACCAGCCGCGAGGUGUCCUUCCAGUGGUUCCGUGCCCACGCGCUGCCCACCGGCGCGGUGCAGCGCGUGGAGGUGGUCAACCGGAACAAGGUCCGUGUCUACAUGUCUGCCGCGCCGGGCGACGGGCUGGGCAUCACGGGCGACGCCCAGGCGACCAUGGAGACUGGCGACGGCGCGGGGGUGGGUUCGGGGGGCGGCGCCGCCGACCCCAUCCCCGCCCCGCCGUCGCUGUCCCCCCCCAGCGGGAAGCGCGGCGGCCAGACGGUGCUCUGGUUCAACAUCGGCAGCGUGGACGCCUUCGAGCGCGCGCUGGAGGCCGCGCAGGACGCACUGGGCGUGCCCGCCGAUCGGCGCGUGGACGUGACGUACGUGGACGAGGUUAUGUGGUCGAGCGAGCUGUGGAAGCUGAUGCCCACCAUCCUGCUCAUCGCGGGGUACGUCUGGUUCACGCGCCGCCAGCUGGGCCAGAUGCUGGGCGGGCAGGGCGGCGCGGGCGGCGCGCGCGGCAUCUUCAACGUGGGCAAGGCCAAGCUGGGCGCCAUGGACCCUGCGGCCGCCAAGGUGUCCUUCAAGGACGUGGCAGGGUGCGACGAGGCCAAGCUGGAGAUCAUGGAGUUUGUCAACUUCCUGAAGAAGCCGGGGAAGUACAAGGAGCUGGGCGCCAAGAUCCCGCGCGGCGCGCUGCUGGUCGGGCCGCCAGAGUGUUUGUCGGGGGUGGGCCCCGCGCGCGUGCGCGACCUGUUUGCGCAGGCCCGUGCCCAGGCCCCCUCCAUCAUCUUCAUCGACGAGAUCGACGCGAUCGGGCGCGCGCGCGGGCGCGGCGGCUUUGCCGGCGGCAACGACGAGCGCGAGAACACGCUGAACCAGCUGCUGGUGGAGAUGGACGGCUUUUCCACCACCGCCAACGUGGUGGUGCUGGCGGGGACCAACCGCCCCGACAUCCUGGACCGGGCGCUGAUGCGGCCGGGGCGCUUCGACCGCCAGAUCAGCCUGGACCGGCCCGACAUCGCGGGGCGGGAGCAGAUCUUCCGCGUGCACCUGGCGCGCAUCACACUAGACAAGGAGGUUGGGUUCUACUCGGAGCGCCUGGCGGCGCUGACCCCCGGCUUCGCCGGCGCCGACAUCGCCAACGUGGUGAACGAGGCGGCACUGGUGGCCGCGCGCCGCGACCUGCGCGCGGUGGGCAUGCCCGAGUUCGAGGCGGCGGUGGACCGCGUGAUUGGGGGCCUGGAGAAGAAGAACAAGGUGAUCAGCGGGGAGGAGCGGCGCACCGUGGCCUACCACGAGGCCGGGCACGCAGUUGUGGGCUGGUUCCUGCGCCACGCGGAGCCGCUGCUCAAGGUGUCCAUCGUGCCGCGCGGGUCGGCGGCCCUGGGCUUUGCCCAGUACCUGCCCAACGAGAACCUGCUGGCUACGGGGGAACAGAUGGCGGACAUGAUGGCCAUGGCCCUGGGCGGGCGCGCCGCAGAGCAAGUCAUGCUGGGCCGCAUCUCCACCGGCGCCCAGAACGACCUGGAGCGCGUGACCAAGAUGGCCUACGCCCAGGUGGCGGUGUACGGCAUGAACGACGCGGUGGGCCUGGUGUCCUUCCCGCAGGAGGAGGGCGCCUUCAACAAGCCCUACAGCGACGACACCGCGCGCCUGAUCGACGGCGAGGUGCGCGCGCUGGUGGCGGGGGCCUACCGACGCACCCUGGCCCUGCUGGAGGAGAAGCGCGGCGCCGUGGAGGCCAUGGCGCAGGCCCUGCUGGAGCGCGAGGUGCUGGGCACCGAGGAGCUAGAGGCGCUGCUGGGCGAGCGGCCCUACCGCUCCGCGGAGCUGCGCAACAUCGACAAGUUCAGGGACGGGGUCUAG